AUCCUUCUCCUUAUCCAACGAAAUUAAGCACAACACACACCACCACCGAGUCAAACUCGUAGAUACAGAUAUGGCCACUUCAAACCUUGUCUUCCCUCUUCUCCACCCAAUCAACCCCCGUUUCCUUCACAACCCCUCACCACAACGCUUCCCUCUCUCUCCAAACGCCUUCUCUUCUUCUUCUUCUUCGCUCGUAGCAACUCGCGCUUUUAACACCAACGAGUUCUUGGGCGAUUUCGGUGCCAGAGACCCUUUUCCCGCGGAAUUGGAGAGUGGUUUUGGUGAGAAAGUCAUUGGAAACGUUGACAGUGAGCACAAGAUCCUCAUUCCCAAUAUCUCCGCUCUCUCUCUCUCACAGCAACAAUGCACUCCUAUUUCUCCUCUUCAAUCUCCUAUGUCUGAAGAAGAUAUUCAGAAGCUUGUAAGAAAGGUUGUGGGUUGGAGACUAUUGAAGGAGGAAGGUGGAUUUAAGCUUCAAUGCUUGUGGAAAUUGAGAGAUUUUAAAUGCGGAGUUGAACUCAUUAACAGAAUCUCUAAAGUAGCAGAGCAUGCUGGCCAUUUCCCAAGUAUUCACUUGGAACAACCCAAUCAAGUUAGAGCAGAACUAUGGACAGCUUCCAUUGGGGGAUUGAGCAUGAACGAUUUCAUUGUAGCAGCAAAGAUAGAUGAGAUAAAGACAUCAGAUCUUGCACCAAAGAAAAGAAUUUGGGCAUAAUGUGUCCAAUAAUUAACUCAAUGGAACAUUUUGCCACUAUUCUUGAAGAGAGAGUUACCAUUAAUUUGCGUUAUUUCAAGAAAUGUAUUAUUCUUUUCGCUUAUUUCAAAGGAUGUAAUUAAGGAUCUUCUCUUUGUCUUGCCCCCAAUUGUUAUCUUAUUCUCCUCAUUGUCUCAUUCUGAUAAAUUCCUUUCUUAAUGGCAACACCACCUUGUGGAUCA